ACAAUACCAUCACAUUGACCAUCCAAUAUAGCUUCUUGAUAUUUGAUAUUUGAUAUUCGAUAUUCCAGCUCGCAGCUAGGACCAAAGCGAUUGAUUAUCAUCUUCAUCAUCUUUUCUUUUUAACCAUAUACUAUCAAUCCCCAAACAACAACAUCAUGUCUACAAAGAAUCAAUACACACCAUCCUCCUCCACCUCUGGGGGAAACCCUGUGGAUUCAAGAAUCCUGUCAUUCUUCACAACCUUCUACGCCGCAUCCGACAACCCCAAAUCCAUUGAAGAAUGGACGAAUGAAUAUUUCAAGGAUGACGCGCAAUUGACCAUGGGCACGAAAAAGGCACAAGGAAGCGACGAAAUCCUCGCACUUCGCAAGGCCAACUGGGCGGGUCCCGUCAAGACUCGAAACCAUAUUAUCCAUCAGAUCUAUCCUUUUGGAACCGGUCCCAAAGAUGGUUUGGACGUUUUUCUCAACGGUAUUGUCGAAUAUGGAUUACAUAAUGGCAAGACUGUCACUCUUGAGUGGUCUGCAAAGGCAGUCUUUGUUGAGGAUUCAACGGCUGCUCAUGGUAUCAAGUUCAGUUUCUACCAUGUUUAUCUGGAUUCUGCUCCAUUGACUGCUGCAGCUCAGGGAUAAACUUGAAAAUAAAAGCAUUCUGUUCAGGAGUGACCGAGCAUGCGGUUGUUCAUACUCCAGUUGGUCAAAUAUGUGUUAGCCGUGAGGGAGAAUCAGAAUAGCAAAAUGAAAGAAUGACCUCCUGAGUCCAAAU